AUGGCUCAAGCUUUACGGUCCGAAACUGGAGGGGAGCCAGAUAUAAUCGACACAACUGGUCCCUGCCUCUUAUCCCUCGAUGGAGGUGGAGUGCGAGGCAUAUCUACACUAUAUGUCCUCCAGAAUCUCAUGAGACGAGUCAAUAUCGAUCGUAACGCACGUGGUCUUGGUUAUGCAAGACCAUGCGACGUUUUCGACUUGAUCGGCGGAACAAGUACUGGCGGGUUAAUCGCAAUCAUGCUAGGGAGGCUGGAAAUGGAUGUUCAUGAGUGCAUAGAUGCCUAUAGCGGGCUGAUGCAAGAAGUAUUCCAGAAGAAGAGACAUCGACUGCAAGUUACCUCGACAGGCCAAACACAGCCACGGUUCGAUUCUCGGAAACUUCAGGCUGCGAUUGAGAAAGUCAUCAAAAGCAAAAAUGAACAUGCUGGAGCCAUGAUGAAUGACAAGAAAGAACGGGGCUGCCAUGUAUUUGUUUGCGCUGCACUCAAAAACCCGUACAGUAUUACUCGACUGAGAACCUACGAAGCCGUAGACGGGCCCUCCAAUAUUGAAGCAACAAUCGUCCAGGCAGCCCUGGCUACUUCGGCGGCCACUGGUUUCUUUGACGGUGUCUGCAUCGACGGAAGUGACUUUGUAGAUGCGGCUUUGGGGAAGAAUAAUCCUGUUGACCUCGUGGAGAGGGAAGCGAUGGACAUCUGGUCGAGAGAUGAGGGCGACCUAAUGAACAAGGUUAAGUGCUUUAUCUCCAUUGGGACUGGAAAGCCAGACUACAACGCCGUUGAGGACUGGAUGCCCAAGUUUCUCACCGAGACAUUGGUCAAGAUUGUGACUAACACAGAGAGCGCUGCGGCAACUUCAAUUGCUCGCUGGAGGGGCCCUUAUGACAGAAGACGCUACUUCCGUUUCAACGUUGACAAAGGACUCGAGCACAUUGGAAUUGAGGAGUACAAGAAAAAGACAAACAUAAAGAGGGCGACUGAGUUAUACCUUGACGACCAGGUACAACGCACUUCUGUACGUCACUGUGCUGAAAACCUGGGUCAGAAACAGAAUAAAACAAAUCUCUCAUUUGAACAAUGUAUGAAGAACCAAAGCCAAUGGUCCGAAAAGGAUUUGGAUUGUCUCCAGUGGCUUCUCGUCGUCAAUCCCGAGGGCCAUGUGCAAAAGCUUGAGGGUGAAAAAGGCGGACUUCUUCAGGACCUGCACGAAUGGAUUCUCCGGAAACAAGAGUUCGUAGCAUUCAUGAACUGGUCAGACACGGGACUUUCCCCUCAACCAUGUCGGGUGUUAUGGAUCAAAGGACAUGCUGGGACAGGUAAAACGAUGCUUUUGAUGGGACUUCUCCGCGAAAUCGAAGUCCAAUUCACGCUAAAGGAACAUAGUAUAUGCUACUUCUUCUGUCAAGCUUCAGACAGUAGACUGAACCAUGUGACAUCGGUAUUACGAUCCUUGAUCUGGCUUCUGGUCCAGCAACAACCACAGCUUGCACGACAUUUACGCAAGAUGUAUGAAGAUGGCGGCCCUGCUCUUUUUGACGACAGUGGAAUUGCAUUUUAUAUCCUUCGUAAGACAUUCGAGAACAUGUUGAAGGAGCACUGUCUACGACCUGUCUACUUCAUAGUGGAUGCGCUUGACGAGUGUCGAAUAGGUCAGCCGGGCGUUCGCGACCUCAUCGAUCUAAUGAUGCAGUCAAUGUCUAUCUCUGAAAAAGUCAGAUGGCUUGUUUCGAGCCGCCCAGAGAUUGGACACCUUGCCCAUGAAAAUUACCUUUCCAUCAUCGAAUUGAGCGCCACGAACCUUGGAGAACCAGUUCGCGCCUAUAUCGAGCACAAGAUAAACAUGUUCAGAACCAGAGAAGGCUAUAGCGACCAUGUCAGAGCGGCUUUAUCCCAAGAAGUACACAAGAGAGCAAGAAACAUCUUUCUUUGGGUAGCACUUGUGUUCGCAGACCUCGAACUCAACGAGACUCAUGGAGCGUUUGCGGUUGACAGGAUCAAGAAGUCGCCUCCUGAGCUCGAUCGGUUGUACGAACACAUGAUGGACAGGAUGGAGAGCAGAGCAAGGGUAGAUACUGCGGUUUGUAAGGAAGCCCUUGUGGCUGUUAUGUUGGCGUAUCGGCCUUUAUCCUUCAAAGAGCUCUCUGUACUGGCUAACUUACCCUCCAAUAUUGAAGUCAGAACUAUUAUCCGCGAAUGCGGAUCAUUCUUGACAAUCACAGAAGAAGACAGAGUCCAGCUUAUACAUCAAUCGGCCAUGGAAUAUUUAGAGAAGAGUUACAUACCCAAGCUUGGGGAUGGAGGAAAAGCCCGAAGUCAUUUCCAUAUUUGUCAACGAUCCGUGGUAGCCAUGUCAAUAUUGGGCCAUGACCACAAGGGUCUAGGACGAUUCGAUUCUUUGCCUGAAGAACAGUUGAUAUCGAUCCGAGAACGACUGAACCUGCUAGAGUACUACUGUUGUUUUUGGGCUUUCCACUUUUGCGAAAGUCGGAGUAGUGGCUCUGAGAUGCGUAUCUGGAGCACAGAGACUUGGUCUAUCCGACAUGCCCUAGACAAGCAUAACAGUGCAAUCAAGAGCAUCGCGUUCUCUCCAGACAGCAAAUCACUUGUGUCUACAUCUUCCGAUGGUAACAUGUACGUUUGGGAUGCUGAGGAGGGGAUCUUUCGUCAACCUCUUGAAAGACAAAGUGGCUCCGUUUCGUCAUCUGUCUUUUCACCGGAUGGGAACAAGCUUGCCACGGCUUCGCGAGAUGGAAACCUCUUACUUUGGGAUACAUCGACCUACGGCACGUUUGAUAAUCUCACAAUCAACAAGAGACCCAAGAAACAUGUUACAGACGUCGCCUUCUCCCCAGAUGGUACGAAGCUGGCAUCAUCUUCACAUGAUAAGAUAGAGCCCAAUGUUCGUCUUUGGGAUUUGAAAGAGAUGUCCCACCUCAAACUAGAAGGGCACAGCAAAUUCGCUACUUCUGUGGCUUUCUCACAGAACGGCAAACUACUCGCUGCAGGUGCAGAGAACGGCGUGAUCCUGAUAUGGGACGCACAGACAGGGGAAAAGAAACGACAACUAGAUGGAGAUGGCAAGUCAUUCACCUCUGUCGCGUUUUCUCCAACUCGGGAUAUUUUGGCAGCAGCAUGUGAAGACAAAACAGUUUGGCUUUGGAACGAAGAUUAUUCGUCGCGCGUACGUCUCCGUGGACAUCAUGGCCCUGUCGCUGACAUCGCUUUCUCUUCGGAUGGAACUAUGCUUGCUUCGGCCUCGUUCGACAGAACAGUUCGUGUUUGGGAUAUGGACUUUGACGUAAGCAGAUAUACCACCGAGCGCAAGCGAUGUCCUGUCACCGCUGUAGCGUUAUCAGCAGACUGUUCUGUAUUAGCCUAUGCCACCGAAGAUGGAACAAUUCAAGUCAGCGAUACCAGUUCUGAUUCUCACCAGAAACAGAUGCUUUCUGCUCACACUAAGGCAGUAUACGCCUUGAAAUUCUCCAAAGACGGGAACAAGCUUGUAUCGGCUUCCAAAGAUGGCACAGUCAGAUAUUGGGAUCUACGCAGCAGUGGGAACAAGAACAUGCUAGCUGGAAAAGAUGAAGCGGCAACUGUAGCUUGUUUUUCACUGGAUGGGAGCAUACUUGCAGCAGCUACAAAAUCGCAUAUCUACAUUUGGGACGUGGGUAGUGGUCGUCUUAAAGACAAAAUCCUAACGAACAAAGAAUGUACUACAUUGUUCGUCUCUGAGGAUGGCCAGCGAAUAAAAUCAGACCAUGGGAGUCACACAUCGAAGGCGCUAUCUAUCAUAAGAAGGCGACAAAACAACCAAAAUGUUCAUGAUUCCAAGCUUUCUAUUAGCAAGGAUUGGAUACUUUAUGAAAAGCGGCGACUUCUGUGGCUCCCUACAGAUUACAGGCCAACAUGUGCGGCCACGAGCGAUAACGUGGUGGUUAUGGGUCACAGGUCAGGCUCCUUGUCAAUCCUGAAAUUUGAUUUGGAUUAUCUAUCAGUAUAG